AUGGCCUCUCGAUCGCCAACACUUCGUGCCUCUUCCGACCCUUUUGGUGUGGAUGAAGAGAAGGACAUCCAUGGUCUUGACAAUCCACCCUACCCGGGUAAUGGACACUCUGAUAAGAACUCCCCAGUGGAGAAGAGACGUUCUUCACUGGGCACUGCCUGGCGGCGCCAAAGUGAGUAUCAAGAGACAGAUCCCUUCGGCGAUGAUGACGACGAAGGAGGAGUCAAGUAUCGGACUUUGGAGUGGUGGCAGUGUAGUAUGAUUAUGAUUGCCGAAACGAUCUCUUUGGGAAUCCUGUCUUUGCCAUCAGUCCUGGCGACAAUUGGUAUGGUUCCAGGCGCCAUCCUCAUCGUUGGACUUGGUGUUGUGGCAACUUACUCAGGAUAUGUCAUUGGACAAUUCAAGGCAGCACAUCCUUGGGUCCAUAACAUGGCAGAUGCCGGUUACGUUCUCUUCAAGCCCAUGGGACCACGCGCAGCUGCUAUCGGCCGCGAAUUCCUGGGUGCUGCGCAAACCAUCUUCCUCAUUUUCAGCAUGGCGAGUCAUAUCUUGACUUGGACCAUCUGCUUGAACACACUGACCGACGGUGCGGCCUGCACCAUUGUUUGGGGUAUUGUCGGGUUGAUUCUCUUCUGGGUCUUCGACAUUCCUAGGACGCUGCUGAAAGUCUCGUGGCUUUCCUGUGUGAGCUUUUUCAGCAUCACGACCGCAGUGAUUGUCACCAUGGCAGGAACAGGAGCCAGAGAUCCUUCCCAUGGCCAUUUCCACGCUACUCAGACUGCAAGUUUUGCCACAGCGUUUCUGAGUGUCACCAACAUUGUAUUUGCAUAUGCCGGUCACGUAGCUUUCUUCAGUUUCAUUUCCGAGAUGAAGAAUCCGCACGACUUUCCCAAGGCUUUGGUCAUGUUGCAGGUUACCGACACCGGCAUGUAUUUCCUGGUCGCGAUGGUGGUUUAUGCCUAUGGUGGAGAUGAGGUCGAUUCACCAGCCUUGGGAUCCGCAGGAACACUCGUUGGCAAGGUUGCUUGGGGACUAGCUAUUCCGACGAUCAUUAUUGCUGGUGUCAUCUAUGGCCAUGUCGCUUCCAAGUAUGUCUAUGUUCGCCUCUUCCGAGGAACGAAACAUAUGUCCAAGAGGACUGUGCUUUCGGUGGGCAGCUGGCUCGCCAUCACAUUGACGGCGUGGGUGAUUGCGUGGAUCAUUGCGGAAUCCAUUCCCAACUUCAACGAUCUCCUGGCUCUGAUCUCGAGCUUGUUUGCCUCCUGGUUCACCUAUGGUAUUUCCGGCAUUUUCUGGCUGUUCCUCAACUAUGGCCAAUAUACCACGAAUUGGAGGAAGAUGGCCUUGACCGUCGUCAACGUCUUGUUGUUCGCUAUGGGUGCCGCUAUCUGUGGAAUGGGACUGUAUGCCAGCGGAUACGCCAUCAGCAAUGAGCCCGGCGGAAGCAGCUGGACAUGCAAGAGCAACUCACAGUGA